CAUUCAUCCAGCGUGAGAUUUGUUUUCUUUCCUUCUUCACUGCCUCAUGCCUGUGGAUCCGUGAUACCCAGAGCUGUAAGCUCUCCCAAUCGCUCACCGAUAACGGCGUCCAUGCCUCUACAUCAUGCAAUCCUGCCGUCGACCUCCAUAGCAUAGAUACAUACCUAUCCAAAUCUGUUUCCGUUGCCCAGCAGCCGUUUACCUCUCGGCCAUGUCUUCCUCAUCAGCCAAACGGCACUCGAUCCUCCCAUCCAUUUCCCAAGCCGGCCCCAAACCCCCCGUCCAGUUCUCAUCCUCCAUCACCAUCGCCGACUCGGCCCUCCUCACUGGCUCAAACCCCAUCACGAUCAGUUCAGAGAGCGUGGUCCACCCACGCGCGAAACUCGAUUCCUUGGGCGGAAGUAUAAACGUCGGCAGGCGAUGCAUCAUACAUGAACGUAGCCUGGUCGGGGCUAUGGGGUCUGAGGGGAGGAUAACGGAGAGAGCAGUCACCCUCGGGGACUACGUUACCGUGGAGGUCGGCGCCGUGGUUGAGGCCGGCGACACUGUUGUCGGUGAAGGCACAGUAGUAGGCGUUGGAUCCAAGGUUGGGAGGGGUGCCGUCAUUGGGAAGUAUUGCACCCUCACCCCGCGGACAGUAGUUGCUCCGGGUGAAGUAAUUCCCGACCUGACUGUAGUGUACUCGAAUGGCAUGCGCAGGUCGGACAAGAGAGGUGCUUCGGCGUUGAGGAAUAAGGGGCAGGCACGACAAAUCGAGGUUUUGAGAAAGAUAAUACCCAGCAAUCCAGCUAAAUUUCAGUGACCUUUUGGAGUUCCAUUCGUUUCCCUAAGCCUACUAGGUUGCUAGUCUGACCUAUACCCAUUGACAGGUGGGUGUUUAAACCAGGCGCUCUCGGAAGUGCGACCUGAAUGUAUGUACCUGAUCUGGAAAUCGCAAUGCGACAUGUCAACUAGCCUUACAAAUGUUUCGUCUUCAUCCACUCACUCAUCCCCAGCCCUGUAUUUAGUCCGUUCUCGGCCCACCAUCUCCGCAC